CUAAUUUAUUGGUGUAGUUUUAAUUUUUGUUUGUUUCAGGCCCAUGUUUAGCCACGGCUCUGGAUUCAGAUCCUUUAAACCAAUGCGCCCAUAAACAGCCUCCCCCGGAGUUUACUCUCAAGGACUAAAACAAAAUCGUUUCCCCAACCAAAACGGCAAAAUCUAAACCCCAUAAACCCUUCCUCGAAGCCUACAACAACAACCACCAUAACCAGCGGAGAGCAAUGAUGAGCUUUCUUUCAGAUCCCUUCUAAUUUUUUCGUCCUUAUAGAGUUAUUGUUCAUUGGCGGGGUUCAUGUUUCUGGGAUUCUCCUUGUUGUUAAAUGGAUGAACAAGAUUUUGAUACAUUGGUGUCAUAUGGAUGAGAAGAUAUCAGAACAUGUUAUCUCUGCGACCAAUUCGCAGAUUUUAUCAUGCUACUUCUGCUCCUGCUGCCAUUGCAUCAACAACUGAUACUUGUGCAGCUUUCUCAAAGCAACCACCAAAGACAAUACUUUUACAAGAAAGUGCCCUUUCCAAGCUUAAAGAUGAAAGAGACCCUGAUAAGCUAUUUGCUUUAUUCAAGGCUAAUGCCCACAAUAAACUUGUCAUUGAAAAUAGGUUUGCUUUUGAAGAUACAGUUUCUCGUUUAGCUGGAGCUCGCCGAUUUGAUCUAAUUGAGCAUUUACUUGAGCACCAGAAAACUCUUCCACAGGGUAGACGUGAAGGCUUCAUUAUGAGGAUUAUAAUGUUGUAUGGUAACGCUGGGAUGAUAAAGCAUGCUAUUGAUACUUUUUAUGAUAUGCAUUUGUAUGGAUGUAAAAGAACUGUUAAAUCCUUCAAUGCUGCACUUAAGGUUUUGAUUCAAACUCAUGAUUUAAGAGCUAUUGAGGCAUUUCUCUCCGAUGUUCCACCAAAAUUUGAUGUUGAAUUGGAUACAUAUACAAUCAAUAUAGUUAUCAAGGCAUUUUGCGAAAUGGAUUUUCUGGAUAGAGCAUAUUUGGUCAUGGUACAGAUGGAAAAGUUGGGGAUAAAGCCAGAUGUCAUUACGUACACAACACUUAUAUCAGCUUCCUAUCAGAAAAACCGGUGUGAGAUUGGCAACGGGUUGUGGAAUCUUAUGGUGUUUAAGGGGUGCAGACCUAAUCUUGCAACUUUUAAUGUUAGGAUCCAGUAUUUGAUUAAUAGGAGGCGAGCAUGGCAAGCUAAUGAUGUGAUGCGUUUGAUGCAGAAAAUUGGGAUAGACCCUGAUGAGGUUACUUACAAUUUGGUAAUCAAAGGUUUUUGCCAGGCUGGUUAUUUUGAAAUGGCUAAAAGGGUUUAUUCUGCUCUAGAAUGUCGUAGUGAGUAUAAGCCUAAUGCUAAGAUUUAUCAGACCAUGAUUCAUUAUCUCUGCAAGGGAGGGGAUUAUAAUUUGGCCUAUACAAUGUGUAAAGGAUGCAUGAGAAAGAAUUGGUUUCCAAAUGUGGAUACUAUUUAUUCACUGCUUCAAGGCCUAAUGAAAAAUGGGCAACUGGGUAAGGCUAAGAUGAUAAUGAUAUUGGUUAGGAAUCGGAUACCACCUUUUUCCUCCGCUCAAUUGGAUUCUUUGCAAUCAGUUUUGUCGAAGACUUGAAUUAAAAUGACAGAUUGAAAAAGGACCAGUUUGAUUAAUGUAAAACCACUGCUUAAAGGAAGCUGAUAUUUCUUUUGCUCCAAGCAGUUUUAGUUUCACAAAACUAAUUGGAGAUUGAUUUUUAUGGUUAACAUCAAAGUGAAGGCAGAUUUCAUUUUUCUUGAAUUAAUUUGUUGUGCCACCUCUAUAUGUCCAUGAUGAAAGAGAAAUCUAUUGGAUAGCAGAAAUCCAAAUUCUUCUUGAAUGAUGAAUAGAAUGGCCACGGAAAGAUGGAAAACUCUUUCUAAUUAAAUACUGAUUGGACGCUAAAUCAGUGAGUUUCCCAUAUUUUAUCAUUUUGGGUUAAGUGGCCGGUUCUGCUUGCUUAAGUGGAUUGGAAGGUGCACUUGGAGGCAUUCUCUAAUGAUGUUUUCUGUUGGCCGUUGAAGGACGUUUGGUUCGCAGAUUCUUAGAUUUCGGAAAAAAAAUAAUUAAAAAAAAAAGUGAUAUUGAAGAAGAAUGCGUGGUUCCUGGGUUUUGUUGACUUAGAUGAUAUAAGAUUUUUGUACGUGGUUCACAAUAAUAUAAAAUUCCCUAAUAAA